AUUGUUCAGACCAGACAAGUCAGAGCGGCGCGUGUUUUGAAAAAGUUCUCAUCGUUUAAAACCGUCACUACAUUGUUGCAGUAAAGGCGAAUAUGUCUCUGGCACUAAUCGACCUUGAAAUGGAGAGCGACUCCUCUGAUCCUGUAGGAACCGGGGAGAAAGCAGUCGAGGCCGAGAAUACAGAUCAACCCGGAGACAAAUUAAAUCGUUCUCACAGCAGUGAGCCAACAGAAACUCCUCGCAAUCCUCGCAAGAAGGCAAAAUGCAAGACGUAUGCAGAGAAGACAACGGGCGGAAAGAAGGCAAAAGAUGCAGUGAAGACAAAGGAUUCAAAGAAGACGAAGGAUUCAAAGAAAACAAAGGCUGAAAAGAACGCAAAGGAUGCAGUUAAGACAAGGGAUGCGGUUAAGGCAAAGAAUGAAGAGGCAUCGUAUACAAAGAAGGAAAAGGGUGCAAAGAAGGAAAAGGGUGCAAAGAAGGAAAAGGGUGCAAAGAAGGACAAUGAGCGAGACACGGAGAAGGUGGUACAGAUCGAGAAGUGGGGAACCCUCCGCCGUAUCGUGCAUGCGUUAGGAUUGCGGGCAUCAGGCACAUCCACAUCUCCUCCCAACAGUGACGACUUUGGUUGUGACGAUAUCAGUUUUGAUGGUCACCUGUUUGAGUACGCAACUCAUCCCCAAGUCAUCCCAAAGGUUGACGUUCCCCGCCUCCGUCUGCGGCCGACGCUGCGAGAGAGACUUUACAACAUCGCCCACAACUUCUUCCGAUGUGGAUCAAUUAAACACCACAACCAAUACACCUUGGAUUAGAACCGGGGCAUAUCUUCUCGUCGUUGCUACCAGUACCACGUGCUUGUCGUAAGAGGCGACUAAAUGAGGAUCAAGUGGCCACACUGUGUGACCUGGUUAAUUGUACGUCACCGUACCCCGAUAGCGUGGAUAGAUGGUCAUGCAAUUAACCACUGGUUUGCCUGUCCCAGACUUUAUAUCUGCAGGCAGCCGCGACACAGCUGGAAUAUGUCUGACUACGGCGUUACACAACACUCCCCAUUAUUAUUACUGUUUGUAUAUUAUUGUAUGAAUUAUGGAUUGUAAGUCAAAGCAGAGGAUGAAAUAUAGCUGUCACUGUAACUCAUUAAAACGUCAAUCACAUGUCAGAUAAAAUUCGGGUAUUUAUGCAUGCACCCACGUACACAAACUUACCCACCCCCAACACACAUGCACAUGCACACGCACACGCGCAGGCGGAUGUUGCCGUGUACGAUUUAUUGUCUUUUGUUUGUCACAUACCGUGAUCGUUAACAUUUG